CGUAUUGUAAAGACAUACAUCCUUGGCUUGGGCCUAUGAAGGAACUGUGGAGCAAAUAAAUUGUUCUAUUUCUAUACAAAUUUCAAAAAGAUUUAUAAAAAUGCUGAAUUAAUAUUAAGCACUGUGCUUACCGGUAUGGGCUUUUGGUCCCAAAGAAGGCAAAUCAAGGCCCACUUCAGCCACGUCUAGCAAUAUUUGGCGAUAAUAGUGAUUCUGACAAUGACGGAGGUGCAGAUUGGGUCAAGAAAGCCCUUAAGCAAGAAUCAGAAAAAGGUGUACAGAAGAAGCAAACCAAGCUUGAAAUGCAGCGAGCACUUGAGCAAGAUCCUACAGUCUACCAGUAUGAUGAAAUUUAUGACAAGCUGGAGGAAAGGAAAACAGAAACAAAGGCAAUAAAAAAAGACCAGGAAAAGAAGCCACGUUACAUACAGUCACUAAUGAAACAAGCUGAGCGACGGAAAAGGGAGCAAGAACGGCGGGUAGAACGGGAAGUGCAGAAGGAACGUGAAGCAGAAGGAGAGGAAUUCAAGGAUAAAGAAGAAUUUGUCACUUCAGCAUAUCGCAAAAAGCUUGAGGAAUUUAAGAAAUUAGAUGAGGAAGAAAGACUCCAGGAUCAUAUAGAUGCUUUGGUACCCAAGCAGAAAGACCUGUCUGGAUUCUACCAUCACUUAUAUAAACAGGUAGUGGGAGAGGAAGAUUGUAAGGAUAGCAUAACAAUGAAACAAGAUGAAGUGGACAAAAAUAAAUCUGCAGUAAAAGACACUUCAGACACUGUUGGAACAUCAAAAUCAGAAAACAAGGGGCAGAAUGAGAGAAAAAUAGCAAGACAGUAUCGCAAGCGAAAGAAUUCCUCAUCAGAAUCAGAAAAAGAUGAAAACAAAAUCUCAGAAUUAAAAACAAAUGUUGAUGCAGAUUCAGAUUUUACUGGACACAACUCUGAUAGUGAUGGCAGUGACAAUGAAAAAGAUAUGAAGAAACGUGUGAAGAUAAAUGCAGUAGAGAAAAAAAGUAAGUCUGAAGUUUUUACAUCAGGUUCAGAAGAAGGAGAAAUCAAGGAAGCAAAUGAUGCUAAAACACAUUCAAAAAAUGAGGACAGUUCAGAAUUAAUAAAAGUAAGUGCAUGUAAUGAUAGUAAGAAGCUUCAGAGUGAUGAAUCAGGAGGAAAAGAGAAAGAAAAAGAUAAAAGGAUUAGUGGUGAUAAAGAAGCAGAUAAAGAAAAUUGUAUUGCUAUGCCAGAGCCUCCCAAAUGUUCCAUUUGGGAGAAGCGAACGGCAGGCCCUGUAUUUGAAGCAGCUCUUGAAAGGUACUUUGCUAGGAAAGCUACUAAGUCUGCAAGCUGAGAAUGGAAAGAAAACUUAUUACUUCUGUUGUCCAAGUACUCGUCUGGACACAGUGUUCACUGUAAAGAAACUGAUGCUUUAUUUUGGUUUAUACUAUGUGGAGAUAUUCCUUAAUCAUGAUAAUUACUUGUCAUGUAUGAUCUUUCUCUUUGCUGAUGGGUGAUACAAUGGAAACAUCACUCAGAGGUAAUGACUGAGAGCUGAAGAAAACUCCAGGAAACAAGGAAUAGAUGGUGAAAUUUACUGUUGCAAUUAUCUGCCUGAUCUGUGUCUUCACAGAGGUGUGGGAAAGUUCAGUCAGAGCAACAGGCAGCUGUCCUAUGAGAUAUAGAACUCUGUGGCAUGGCUGUAAAAUAAUUAAACACAUAUCUUAGACACAUUCAGAACAAAGCUUAAAGAAAACCUAUUGACUUCACCUUGUCUGUCUGUACAUAACAGUUACAAACGGCUGAGUAGAUAUUUUGGUCAAAUUCUACAUCAAGAGUUUUAUUAAAAUUAUAUCUUCUUUGGAGCAACAUUGAUUUAAGGUAAUAAAAGAAUUUAAUUCAAAGUAAAUGUCACAGAAGAGUGCAUAUUUAUUUUUUCAAUUAUAUAGUACAAAACUGAAAAUAAUAGUAUAUCCAAGGAAAUUCCUCUCGGAAAGAAGUUUUUGUAUAAUUCAGUUGUCUACUUAUAAUUUUAUUAAAUGUGGACCCUAAUAAAGUCUUCUGUAAACUUCAUAAAACUUGAGGAUGGAUGUACAUUGAUAAAUCACAGCUGCAAAUUGGUGACUGGUCAUGGUAGCAUGGUUUCUUCUUUAAAAAAUCACAGAAGUGCAGUAAACUAUACAGCCAAUAUUCCUCAAAUGAUGCAUCAUUGUAAAAAUAGGGAAUGACAAAAAUACAACAAACUUAUAAUGAAUUAAUUGAAGCUCUUUGUAGUUUAGUGUUCUUAUUCUGUACAAAGUAUGUAAAAAGGGUUUAUGUUCUUAAAUAGAAAAAAAUGUUUACAGAGCACCUUUGUAAACAGUGUUGAUGUAUAUGGAAAAUUAAUGUAAGGGCUAUGUUAACAUUUCCUAUUACAGCUGAAUGGUUUGAAAAUUACUAUAUGUGUACAAAAUUAUUUUUAUUAUAACUGACUACAAAAAAUUAAUUUAACAGAUAAAAUAAACAAUAUGGUGGAUGCUGUA